AAGAACCAAGUGGUCAUGUGUGAGACUCGCAGAGUGUUUCAGAUUCGGGCUCCCCAGAUGAGGGGCGUGAGGCUGGUACUGGUGCCAGGACCUUCAUGUGCCAGGCUGGGGAUCGUGCUGGUGUUGGUACUGGGUUUCCUGCCAAGCUUCUACUGUGCCCUGGGAUCAGAACGUUACUCGUCCUAUGAAAUAGUCACCCCCAAGGCUCUGACAGCUGAGGGAAGGGAAGACCCAGUGGGAAAGGUAUCUUACGUGAUGUUUAUGCAGGGCCAGAAACAGCUGAUUCACCUGAAGGCGAAGACGGGCUAUUUUGUCAGUAACUUCCCAGUCUUCAGCUACCACAAUGGCAUCCUGGAACAAGAAACGCCUCUCACCUCACAUGACUGUCACUAUGAAGGCUACAUAGAAGGAGUCCCGGGUUCUUUUGUUUCUGUCAACACCUGUUCAGGCCUCAGGGGCAUCCUGAUUAAGGAGGGACAAUCCUAUGGCAUUGAGCCCAUGGCCUCUUCAAAACGGUAUGAACACGUGUUGUACACCACGGCGCGUCAAGCUCGAGCCUCCUGCAGCGUCACUUCCAAAGACAGCCGAGUGGUGUCCACCAGCCGGCAACAAGGGAGCAGGACGCCUGGCGGUCCACAGGCGCUGUCCCACUUGUGGUCACACGCCAAGUACGUGGAGAUGUUUGUCGUGGUCAACAACCGGCGGUUCGAAAUGUGGGGCAGUAAUGUCAGUGAGACAGUGCAGAGAGUGAUGGACAUCAUUGCCCUGGCCAACAGCUUCACCAGGGGAAUAAACACAGAGGUGGUGCUGGCCGGAAUGGAGAUUUGGACCGAGGGGGACCUCACAGAGGUCCCAGUGGACCUGCAGGUUGCACUCAGGAAUUUCAACAGCUGGAGACAAGAGAAGCUCCUCCACCGUGCGAAGCAUGACGUCGCCCACAUGAUUGUCGGACAGCAUCCUGAACAGGGCAUGGGACAGGCAUUUCUCAAUGGGGCCUGUACAAGUGGCUUUGCAGCAGCUGUUGAAUCCUUCCAUCACGAAGACGUCCUCCUGUUUGCAGCGCUCAUGGUCCAUGAGCUUGGGCACAACUUGGGCAUUCAGCACGACCACUCGGCCUGCAUUUGUAGAGAGAACCGCUUCUGCCUCAUGUAUGAGAACAUCACUAAAGAAAGUGGCUUCAGCAACUGCAGCUCUGACUACUUCUACCGGUUCCUCCAGGAACACAAAGGGGCCUGCCUAUUUAACAACCCUCGGCACAAGGGCCGCUCGAGGAGGGCUUCCAGCUGCGGAAACGGGGUGGUGGAGGAUGAUGAGCAGUGUGACUGUGGUAGUAAUUGUGACACUAAUGUAUGCUGUGACCAAACAUGUCACUUCAAGAAUAAUGCAGUGUGUGAUCUUGGACCUUGCUGUAAUAGUUCUUGCCAAUUUGCAGCAGAGGGAUUUAACUGUCGCCCUGCUGUGGGAGAGUGUGACCUCCCAGAGUACUGUAGUGGUACCUCUGCAGUAUGUCCCCCAAACAGCUACAAGCAAGAUGGUACUCCGUGUGGUGAAAAUUACUGUGUUAACAGUGUGUGUGGCGACCCUAAUUAUCAAUGUAGACUAUAUUUUGGGUCCUAUGCCACAUCUGCCCCACAUGAGUGUUAUGAGAUGAUAAACAGCAAAGGAAACCGGUUUGGAAACUGUGGCCUUCCCAAUUCUAGUAAUCCAUCAUAUGUGCAGUGUACAAAUGAGAAUAUACUCUGUGGGAAAAUUGCAUGUAUAAAUGUUGAGACACUACCAGACAUCCAACCCUUUCACACACUGAUCCAGAUUCCUCAUGAAAAUAACUUCUGCUGGACCAUGGAUGCCUAUAACGUUACUGAUAUUCCCGAUAAUGGGGAUGUGCACUAUGGCACUUCUUGUGCCCCGAACAAAAUUUGCAUCGAUUACUCCUGCACUGAUUAUGCCGUGCUCAACUAUGACUGCAAUCCAGCAGAAAUGUGUAGUGGGAGAGGGGUCUGUAACAAUUUAAGGCACUGUCACUGUGAGGCUGGCUAUGCCCCGCCUAACUGCAAAAGCAUAGGUGAUGGGGGUAGUGUGGACAGUGGUCCCCCUGGCAAGCCAGAAAAUCCAGAUGACAGUGGAAAUGAUGAAACUGGCCAAUCUGUCAAACAUGAAAAGAUCUUAGACAAGAUGAUCUUAUCAUUCUUUAUACUUUUUCUCAUAAUUUUAGCAGUUGUAACUAUUUGCAUGUGUCUGAUUUGUAAAAGUCAAAAAGCAGAGCCCAUAGAAAAGGGUCUAGAAGAGGAGGCAGGAAAGCCCCCAGAAGUGGAGCCUCAGUUGGCUGGCCCCCAAGAGGCUGCCCCAGAAGAGGCAAAAGUGGAAGAGAAAGAGGUGAAAGAUGAGAGAGAAGAGGGAGAAGGGCAUGAAAAGGAAGAAGAGGAGGAACCAUAA